GCCACGUACUGAAGGGAGUUUGGAUGAUACCCCAGUCGGCGAUUUGUAAAACUUUCCGAGCGUCUCCUGUUUUUGAUGCUUUUCGUCAUUUUGGACGUCCUCUGGAGUUACCUGAGCUGUGAUCGAGCGGAGAAUAAGCGAACAGAGUUAUUAAUCAGCUCCACAAAUCGUUGCAUGAAACUGAGAGCUGGGCCGCAAUGAGUCGGAGAACGCGACGCUGGAUUUUAAGAGUUUUGCUUUGUUUAGGAAUUGUUUACCUGAAAAUUGGUGGCUUCUCAUCGGUGGUGGCCCUAGGUGCGAGUAUAAUCUGUAACAAGAUCCCCGGUUUGGCCCCCAGACAACGGAUUAUCUGCCAAAGUCGCCCCGAUGCCAUUAUCGUCAUCGGAGAGGGAGCCCAAAUGGGCAUCAACGAGUGUCAGUUUCAGUUCAAAAACGGGCGAUGGAACUGCUCUGCGCUAGGAGAGAGGACUGUCUUCGGAAAAGAGUUGAAAGUGGGCAGUAAAGAAGCUGCGUUCACCUACGCCAUCAUCGCAGCAGGUGUGGCCCAUGCCAUUACAGCAGCCUGUACGCAGGGUAACCUGAGUGACUGUAGCUGUGACAAGGAGAAGCAGGGUUUCUACAGCAAAGACCAAGGAUGGAAGUGGGGAGGCUGCUCAGCAGACAUCAGCUACGGCCUGGGUUUCUCCAAAGUAUUUAUUGAUGCUCGGGAGGUCAAGCAGAAUGCGAGGACGCUCAUGAACCUCCAUAAUAACGAGGUGGGACGCAAGGUCUUGGAGAAGAACAUGCGAUUGGAAUGCAAGUGUCAUGGUGUCUCAGGCUCCUGCACCACCAAAACCUGCUGGACUACACUUCCCAAGUUCCGCGAGCUCGGCUACAUUCUCAAGGAGAAAUAUGCCCAUGCGGUGCACGUGGAACCAGUCAAAGCCAGCCGCAACAAGCGCCCUAAAUUCCUCAAGAUCAAGAAGCCUUACUCGUACCGGAAGCCCAUGGAUACAGACCUGGUGUACAUAGACAAGUCGCCCAACUACUGUGAGGCGGACCCUGUGACUGGGAGCUUGGGGACACAGGGACGGGUGUGUAACAAGACAAUGAUGCAGCACAUCAGCGGCUGCGACUUGAUGUGCUGCGGCCGGGGAUACAACACGCACCAGUACUCUCGCGUCUGGCAGUGCAACUGCAAGUUCCUGUGGUGCUGCUACGUUAAAUGCAACACCUGCAGCGAGAGGACAGAGGUGUACACAUGCAAAUGAGAGUAUUUAUUGGAUGGUGUAUGUGACGAUGUAUGCGAGCGCUCAUGUUUCAGUGUUUUCAUGGACAAAAACCUUACAAGAAGGCUGUUUUUUUAUUUGCGGUCUUUUUCAUGCAUGAGGAACUUACUGCGUAUGCGGUAAGCUGAAGAUGGGCGUCAUGAUUCUUUUGCACACGAAGCUCUUUUACCCCCUCUUCUUGGACUGUUUGUUGGGAUGCGGUGUCGGAACAGUGUGAGGAAAAAAGCAGUUAAGGGAGAAAACUGUAGCCUGGCUUAUGGGACUGGUUGACCACAGUGUGAGUCACCAAAACAAAAUGUCAAGACUUUAAGCUAUAUGGACAUGUACUGACAUUUUGACGGCUUGGCCUUUGCCAAUGCAAACGAAUUCUGGUGGAUGUGAUGCUGGGCAGGACACCCUGCUGUAGUUCUCACCCUGUGUGCACAGAUGAAACGACACAGCCAUUUGGAAUAUUUAACAUACUGUAUUUAGAGAAUGAAAAUAAUUAAUAUUAAUUUAUUCUAUAAAGAACUACUGAUUUUGUCCAUUAUGGAUCAAAAAUAACUAAAUGUCAUGAGGUCUUAGUUUAUUAAAGCAAUUGCAACAUGUCCAUGGCUAACACACUGGAUUUGAAUCUGCCUGGAAUAAUGUGUCAUGUUGUAGAGUAAUGUUGUUCCACAUGCUGUAGGCUACUCAAAUUGACCUUCUGACCUUCUCGUGAGUUUGUCUUCCCUCUGUUUGCUGCUAGACUAGAAAAAAAAAUCCCACUUGUUGAGGUAGAAGGCUGAAUGCUGUACUGACUGUCUCCAGUGGUGUUGCUCACUUCAAGCUAAUGUAGCUUUACUGGAAUUAUUCACUGAUCAAAAACACGGGCACAUUUUCCACGUUUGGUAAAUAUUGGUUAAUAGAGUAUAUUUUGUAAAAGCCUAUUUUUAUAUGAAUGUUUUAUUUAUAUCUUUUGCAUAUUCAAUGUCACGUUUCUGACCCUGACAUCUGUUUUUAAAACCCCUGUGAAAAAAAAAAAAGCUGAUAUAUGUAAGUUGGCCCCAGCUGUCACUGCCAUAGUUGUAUAUUGUAAGUGAUAGAGACUGUUUAUAUGUGUCUGUGUUCAAAUGUCUGUGUUUACUGCGUUUCAUGACUACUACUGAUGAAAUACAGGAACAGAAUAACACUAACAAUGA